AGUGAUAAGGAGUGUUCAAACCUUUACUAUCAGGAGUUGACUCUAGUAGCCUAGAGUCUAGUUUCGAGUAGAAACCCAAAGAUCUCAAGGAAGCUUGACUAUACCGACUCCACAUGAAGGAUUGUGCUGAAAUAAAGAACAGUGUUGUCAAAGUAAAACAUUAGUGUGUACAGUCUGAUCAUCAGUGUCCUAAAAGGAAAACAACAUGGUCGACAUAACAACGUAACAAAGGAUGUCAAAGCAACAAGAGAAUGCAUGAAGGCUGUGUGAUGUCGGGAGGAGAAAGAAAAUAACCCUGCUGCACAAUUCAAACAUUAAAUAAAGGUGCCGGCAGGCAAUGGAUGACAAUGGAUACAUCUAAAAAACAUGAGCCACAAAUGACUUUUCAAGCAGCAAAUCCAAGUAGGGAGAAACACCCUAUAGCAAGAGGAGGACAUACUGUGUCUGACCUCCUGGAGGACUCUGGGAAUUGUAGGCAGAUCAUCAACCCUGAGCUCAGGCGUCAUCUUCUCAGUGACUCUCUCUUCAGUGAGCAGCAGAAGCUGAGGCAUGUGUUGGACUGGGCUCACACUUUCCUCAGCAGUGAGUCAGAGGUUCAACACGAAUUCUGCAAUGAAGAGCAGAAAAACUCACCUGCAUAUAAGCAUUCAUCUGCAACUAAAUACUAUUAUCAGAUCUCCUGUUCUGCAGGUGGUAAUGCGAUAUUUGGAGGAGUGAGUACGGAGAGAGUUAGUCAACUUGAACCAUCAAAUCAUGAGAACAGUGACUCAAAUAAUCAUCUCUGUGCAUAUAAACCCCCUUUUACAGAUGAUCCCUGCACCUGCUUCUCCUUUACCUGGGGGAGAGAUGAGGUAACUCAGCCUGAGUACAGAGAAACCCCUGAAAAUGUGGAAAGUAUGGAGCAACAGGAUACCACUAAUAAACUAUUUUGUGGCCAAAACAACAACUGCAGAACACGCGGCCUGUUCAUAUCUAAUCAAAGGCAACGCUCCAGCUUAUCUGAGAGAGACACAAAUCAAACGCUUAUAGGAGAUGGAGCAAAAUGCUCAAUCACAGAAUCCACAUCAUCCUGGGGCGAUAGCCGUCACAAGAAAAGCAUGGCGAGUUAUGAAACAACUAGAGCUCAGUCAGAAAGAGGCAUGUCAGGGCAUCAGAUGGUGCUGAGCAAAGUAAAGGUCGAGGAGGGGGAGGUGGGAAUAAGGAAGGAAAUUGUGAAGGCGAAAACAGAGGAUACCAGGAUGGGCGAAAUGAAGGGGAAGGUAAAUAAAGAACAAGGAUCGAGCUCAGAGUUUGCGGUGGGUGCAAAGGAUAACAUAAGCACCAGUGAGCCUGAGAGGACACCGGAACAGAUGGAAAAAAUGAGCUAUCAUUUGAAAAUACCACCAACGUUAACCGUAUAUCAGCAGUACCAGCUUUGUGUGGAUCAAUUGCAUCACCUCAGAGUUAGACAAAGCCAACAUAUUGAACCGGGACCGGGAUGCUUUGUAGAGUCACCUGCAAAAGAGAGUAAGGCAUGUGAAGAAAUAGCAGCACCUGUUGAAGCACCAGCCCUGCCUAUAUCAACCUUUGAAUUUAACUCUUCCACAACAAAUCCUAAGAUUAAAAAACAUCUUUAUAAAGUAAGAAGCAAAAUAGCUACAGCUGAAGAAAUUACAAAGGUGAGGAAUCCUGAUAUCAUUAACAAAAAACAGGACAGAUCUAAAUACAGUAGAAAUCGGGCAACACAUUGUGAAAAUGGACAGACAAAACAUCGUGUUGAGAGUGGACCUGUUUGUCAGAGAAACACAGUUACCAGCAACACACAUUUGGACCUUGAUAGCAACAAAUUUGGUGAGUUGAUAAAAGGAACUACAGGAGGCAUAACUUCAACAGAUAAGCUUAUUAACACCCUUAUGGAGCACCUGAGGCCUGCACAUGGUGAUGAUGUUCCCGCUGUGGAAGAGAGCGCUGCACUCACCACUAACCCAGGUUUGCUUCCAAAGAGAAUCGGUCACAAUCCAGGCUUAAAGGAUUGUCGGAGCUGUGUCAAAGGUCAAAAGAAAAAAGCUAGGGGUCAAGGGGCCCCAUUGAGACUCUGUGAAAAGUCAAGUGUCUCAAUGCCUUCUCCAAACAAUAAGGAAAUAUUUCAAAGACCUCAGUCAUCAGGAGUAAUCAAACACACAAAAAGAUACACCCCAGAGGACAAAGUGAAACCUACCUCAGCCUUCAGAGAUACACACAAAUGUCUGCCUCCUGCAGAGACACACACACCUCUCCAUGAUGACCCCGGACGAACAUCACCAACCUCUGGUGCAUGUUCAUGUGUACAAACUGACUGCAAACACAGUCAAGCAGGUGUCCAUGUAUGUAACCGCUGGCUGUAUCUGCCCGAUGAGGUGUGGCUGUCCAUCCUGUCUCUGCUGCCUCACAGUGAACUGUGCAGAGUGGUGCAGGUCUGCAGCCGCCUGCACACACUGGCUGCUGAUCAUACACUCUGGAAAAAUCUGAGGAUUGAAAACUCCAACCUGACGGAGCAGUGGUUGCUUUGCGUGGGCAGACGUCGUCCUCGCAGUCUGUGUCUGUACAGCUGCAGCGGCCUGUCUCUCAAUUCCUGGUGGCUGGAGGUGUUUUUCACUCUGUGUAGAAACUUUCUGGAGGAACUGAAGGUCACAAGUUGUACUGGUCCGGGUCUCAACGGUGACCAGAUACUGCUUCUGAUAGGUCAACUAUGUCAUCGUGUGACCAGUGUGGAUAUGAGCUGGAGUGGAGCAACAGACAAAGGAGUGAAAGCUCUGAGUGACUGCUGCCCAGGGUUACAACUAAGAUCCAUUGUCCUGAACGGCUGUCAUGUCACUGAUGACCCACUGAUGAAACUCGUCAUGAGGCACAAAGAAAGUCUGUGCAGAUUGGAGGUGUUUGGAUGUCAGUUCAUCACUCCAUCCUGUCUACAGGGAGUAUAUGAGAUGUGUCCUGGCCUUCAGCGUCUUAACAUCGGACAGGUGCCAAAAGUCAACUCACACAGUCUCACUGUGAUGACAUCCCAGCUCAAAAGUCUCAUUGCACUAAAUCUCACUGGACUACAGGCAGUUACUGAUGCUUCAGUGGACACUUUGCUUCAGAACUGUGUCGAAUUUCAGAGUUUGAUCUUCAGUUCCUGUCCUGGAGUCUCUGACCUGACACUGCACAGCAUCAGCAAAUACACACCUUUAAUCAGAUCCCUGGAUGUGAGUGGCUGUAAGGCAGUAACAGAUGUAGGAAUUCGGUCUCUGGCUCUGGGAUGUAGAAGACUUCAGCAGCUGGAUCUCAGCUCCACUGGCACAGGAAACAGAGGGGUUUCUUUGCUGGCAAAUUACUGCAGUGGACACCUCCAUACUGUCAAACUCAGUUUCUGCCACAUCACCUUAGAGAACAUUCUGAAGCUCUGCAGACGCUGCAAGAAGUUGAAGGUGCUCCAUCUCUACGGCUGUGCCCAUCUCCCCACUGAGAGAGAGAUCAGAGACACUAAUGCUACUGUUACAGUUCACCCUCUGCCCUGACUCACACACAAACACCUGCACACAGCUGGACAGAUAUACACACAGCAUAUAAAAUUUAACUGAGUAAUAGUAGAUAAUCUUGAAAAUAAUCCAUAUAUCAUAACAUUUUUAUUACAUUUAUUCCUGUGAUGUUAGAAUAAUGGACUAAGAUGAAGAAGGAGAAGGUCUGCUGGUUUUCAAGGAAGAUUAUGACUUAUAUACAGACACAAUACUAAAAUUUUUAUUUCUCUGCAUGUCUCUGUGUGGGUUUGUCGAUGGAUUUCAGAUGCGCUAUGACCUCUUAUCCGGAUGCAUCAAGUUUUUAUUCUCAGUAUUAUCCAGCUGUUUUGGAGUCUUUGAAAUGGGUUACUUGAGUUUUUCCACAUUUUUCCAGAUUUUCCCGGCUCAUUGACGUGUUAUCUUUAUCAUAGCUUAUUAGUUACCCCUGUAUAUCUGUAAGAAAAAGAUGAUCCUGGCCACACUGCACACUGAUUCCUCUUUUUUGCUUGCCUUGAAGGAUUCUUCCACUUUGAUACCAGUCAUUCCUUUAACAGCAUUUGCAACACUAUGUUUGAAGGUUCCCAAUAACUAGGUUUUUGUCAUUAGUGUACACGUGUCAAAGAAGGAAAGAGACAGAGGAGAAGGGAGGGUUUAAAAGUGAGGUAGCAGAAGGAUUGAGACUGAUCCUGGAGCUGCAGUCUUUCCUGAGCAGCUGGCUUACUAUUACUUUUGUUUAGUUAAGUCUUAUCUAACCUAACCUAAAACUUUGUAAUAAAUUGAGCUCAGUGAACUCCAUGAAAGCAUGUAAAUCAAAAUUUCAUAUGACGAACCAUUGAUUUAAUAUAAACUCAGAAGGAAAGACUCUUAUGGUGACUUAAGGUCUCUUGUUUUGAUAAUUUUAUAUAACA